AUGGACAAGUUUCCCCAUCACCAGCACCGUCGAGCUGCCGCCCCAACGAACGAAUUGUCCAGGGACUAUAAGCCAUACCUCCGCCAUACAAGGGGACGCCAUGCGGCCCCGCAGGUCGUCGACUUGGCCUCGAUCAAGGACUACCGCCUCGCUCCGCGCCACAGCUCCCCGUCGAGUCAGUCAGGGCCGGCUCCAGUCUGGAAAGCAGUUCGCGACCGGCAGAAGCGGAACACUGGCGGCGCCGAGAUGCAGGGCGGCACAGCUGCGCAGCAAUCAUCGGAAGCCAGCAUCGUUAGCCAGCUGGCAAUCGCGCCUAAUGGGGAUUAA